AUGGAGCGUCGCAUGUCCUGGUCAUUCCGGUCAGGGGCACCAGUGAUAGGGCUUGUGGCUGCGGUUCUGUUCGUCUCAUGCUCGAGCGGCCUAUGGAGGAGUGAAGCAGCCGGAACACUAAUAACACCACAAUGUGAUAAAAAUGAGGAGAUGACCACUUGUACCUGCGGAUCGGAGGCAAAAUCAAAAACAGGAGCAGACGGAACGGGUAGCGGCGUAACUCUGUCUGAAUCGAGCAACGGAAUCGCCAUUCAGUGUCCCAAAGGAAACUUCGAAUUUGUGCCUUCCGAACCAACUAAGGUAUGCACUGCAGCUGAACAAAACGAUCUGCAAACGUGUCAAGACCAAAGCAACAGCAAGACUUCCCCCAUCCAAGACUUCCUUGCCCACUUCACCGACAACAACGUACCACAGUGGACAAAGACCGAAGGAGCACACCGCACAACAGACGACCAUUCUCUAGCGUUUCCCACAGAAAAUUUCCCUCUUGUCGACAAAAGCUUCUUCGUCGGUUGCAGGCAAACAAGCCCAGACAACGGUAGCGCUAAACAGUGCGUGGUGAAUGUAAGCGUCAAGGCCAGGACCUCGGCUGUGAAGAACGGUGUCCUCAUUUGCGCGUACGGCAACGAGAGCAACGAGUCCGUUCCAGAAGUAACAUUGAAUUCCCAGAACAACUCGCUGACUAUCCAAUGUGGCAGUGAGGGGCAGAUGGAGCCGACUCAGGAAUCCUUGACAGCCUACCACUGCUCCGGCUCCAACGCAGAUGAGUGCACGAUCGUGAACCUUACUGAGGUCAUGCCGGACUUCACAUCGAGCUGGUGGACAACGGAUUCGAACAGUGCUAACGCGCCUAAACUGGUGAUUCCGGAAGACGGCUUUCCUGCCCAAGAGGAAACGAUUGUGUUGGGUUGCAACCAAAAGGUCACCGGAACUUCGAAGGCUCCCGCCGGUGAUCAAACCGCAGCUGCGGGGCUGCCGACCUGCACGGUGAAGGUGACGCUCGGUGCCCAGACCUCCGGUUCACAAGCCUCGAACGUUUCCUUCCACAGAUUUUUCGGUCUGAUAUCAGUUCCGCUCGUCCUGUUUGCCACAUACUGA